GAAGACUCAUGAGCUGGGUUGAAAGAUGUCUCCAGUCCUGUCCAACUAACACCAGGUUAGAACUUGCAGUUUGGCUACCAGUAAGACAGAACCUGGCCUGUUUAUUGAAGAAUGGAUCAGAAUUUCAACCGUUCUGUGAAAUUCCAGCCCGCUUCCUGGCACAACAUUUCAUUGCUGGCAGAGCAAUUCCAGUUCUGCUCGGACUCAGUGAGUAGUACCACCUUUCUCAUCGUGGCCUACAGUGCAGUGAUGGCAGUGGGCAUGAUUGGCAACAUGUGCCUGGUUCUGGUCAUUAUGAGGCAGAAGGAAAUGCGUAAUGUGACCAAUAUCCUGAUCGCCAACCUGUCAUGCUCAGAUAUCCUCAUUACCACCCUUUGCCUCCCGGUGACAGUGAUUUAUACCAUGAUGGACCGUUGGAUCCUUGGUGCUGCACUUUGCAAGUUGACCCCAUUUGUUCAGUGCACGUCAGUUACUGUGUCCAUCCUCUCCUUGGUCCUGAUUGCUUUGGAGAGACAUCAGCUGAUUAUCAACCCAACUGGUUGGAAGCCAGCAGUGGGCCAUGCAUACUUGGCAGUUGCUCUCAGCUGGCUAGUUGGAAGUUUAAUCUCUUUACCUUUUAUCUCCUUCAAUGUCUUGACCAGUGAGCCCUACUCAAACAUUUCCUUUCUCCCAGACUCUUUCAAGGAUCAUGCAGCUUGUAUUGAAAGCUGGCCUUCAGAGCAGCAGAAGCUGGCCUACACCACCUGCCUCUUGGUCUUCCAGUAUGGCUUGCCCCUGCUUCUGAUGCUGACCUGUUACUUCCGGAUCUUCCUGCGUCUCCGAAGGCGCCGAGAGAUGGUGGACCGUGCAAGGGAUGGGAAUCACCGGGUCAGCCACAGUCGGAAGAUCAACAUCAUGUUGGCAUCUAUUGUUGUGGCCUUUGGCCUGUGUUGGCUACCACUCACAGUUUUCAACACGGUAUUUGAUUGGAACCACGAGGCCAUCUCCAUCUGUCACCACAACCUCAUCUUUUCGCUUUGUCACCUGACAGCUAUGCUGUCCACCUGCGUCAACCCAGUCAUCUAUGGCUUCCUCAAUACUAACUUCCAGAAGGAAGUGAAGGCCAUGUUGUACCGUUGUCGUUGUGGUGGGACUUCAGACACCUACGAGAGUUUUCCUUUGUCCACAGUCAACACUGAACUGUCGAAAGCUUCCGUAUGCCAUUAAUUGUGUCUAACUUCAGCUGCAUUGUGCCUUUUGUGGAUCAUUUGACACUCGUUCUUGCUGUUUAUGUCUGCAGCAAUUACAUCAUUCCCCUCAUGCCAAGUCUCACUGCUGAGAGUUGUUGGUCUGCGCCGAGAUGGUCUGGCUCCAGCAGUCGUGGAUGACUUGUCAAUGCUCUGUUGUCAAUGCUUUGAAAAUCUGGACCCCUGAAAUGCACCAUCACGGGGAGGCUGUAAGUUACUUGCCUUAAAGUGACCUGCCUUCAAGUAACAUUGACACUGAAUUUGUGAGACAAUGGUUCCAAAAUGUACCUGGCAUGGGUGAGGUGACAAUAUGCAGUGGAUUGUUUGUGUAACUUAUUGGGCCUCUGGCUGACCAAUCUGCUGGUUCCUCCUAAUCUCACAUGGUCCUUUACUAGCUCCACACAACUGAGUGGGGGGGCACAGCCUGGGUACCCAUGGAAGGUGGGGAUAAGGGAAAUAUUACAGAUGAGGCUGCAUGCAUUUCCCAUCAACCCCAAAGUGAUACUGAAAGCAUCAUUACCGGCAGGUAGAUGUUCAGGUCAAGAAGUGCUCAGUGGCAAGGCAUCAGUGCAGGAUUUGUACAGCUAUCGUGUUGCCUGAAUGGAACCACGCCAGGGGAGCCUCAUGUGAUGCAGCGCUCAGUGUCAUGGCAAAUCUGGAGGGCCUGGUAGCAAGACUCCUUUACCUUCUGCCUUUAGAACUGAGCCGCAAGGAGGACCCUGAAAAUGAGGGACAAGAAAAGGAUGUCAUUUUUUCCUUUUCAAGUUAUUCAAGCGGUUUUGUAGUCGUUUGUGGAUGAGACAAUGGUGCUGGAGGUGGGGAGGAAAGGAAAUGAAGUGCUGGGAAAUUGUCAGUCUGAGUUCAGCCUUUUCAGUAUGUGUUAACAGAAAAAUGCAUGAGCUUGUUUAAACUGUGUAUCAAUGUUAUAUUUGUAUGUCAUUUUGCCACAUUUACAGGGGCCAAACUACUUCAGUCGAGAAUCUUCAACAGACAGAAGGGGGUUUAACGGAAAAGGGACAGGUCUGAUGAACUGGAUCUGGAAUGUUUGAUUCAACAGAUUGGUGAAUAAGGCAUAUGGAGCAAUGUUCUGUGGAUAUUCUUUCCUUUUUUUAAGAGUACCUAAUAUGCAAACUGCCCUGAUUGAGUUUCUGCAAAAUGCAAAAUCAAAGAUAAUGGACUAUGGGUGUGGUGGUUAUCAGUUUGUAAAGGCAGUUUUAUGUCUGGGGGCAAAUCUCACCGAAGUUCCAGAUUAGUGUUCUGUAAAUAAAACACAUUUCUUUCUCUUCUAACUUCAGACGAAUGAUCUUUUGAUCAGUUGAAGUAUUGCUGGAAUGAGAUACUGCUUUUGAAUGCUCCAAUAAAAUCGAUAAGGCUGA